CGCGCCCGCGCGCGUCCCGCCUUCCCCCGCGCCGCCGCCGCCGCCGCUGCCGCCGCUGCCGCUGCCUCUCCUCCGUCCCCGUCCCCGUCCCGUCCCGUCCCGCUGCAGUGCGAAGCCGAAGAUGGCCGGCUGGCAGAGCUACGUGGACAACCUGAUGUGCGAUGGCUGCUGCCAGGAGGCCGCCAUCGUGGGCUACUGCGACGCCAAAUACGUGUGGGCCGCCACGGCCGGGGGCGUCUUCCAGAGCAUCACGCCCGUAGAAAUAGAUAUGAUUGUCGGGAAAGACCGGGAAGGCUUCUUUACCAACGGUUUGACUCUUGGGGCGAAGAAGUGCUCGGUGAUCAGAGACAGUCUCUAUGUGGACGGUGACUGCACAAUGGACAUCCGGACAAAGAGUCAAGGUGGGGAACCCACAUACAACGUGGCCGUCGGCAGAGCUGGUAGAGUCUUGGUCUUUGUAAUGGGAAAAGAAGGGGUCCAUGGAGGCGGAUUGAAUAAGAAGGCAUACUCAAUGGCAAAAUACUUGAGAGACUCUGGGUUCUAGCUGCUAGGCAGACUGUUAAGUAUUAGGGGGAAAAAAAUUGCUCUUAAACUUUCCUAGCUGUAAGCUUGAGUCUUAAUUCUGGAAAUUUUAUCAGCAAUGCAGGGUGAUGGGGUCUGCCCCUGUGUCUCCUUUGUAUCCGUCUGUUGGUGGGGAAAGGUGUCUUUCUUUCUGCCCCCUCCCCCUUUAAAUAAUUCUGUUCACUUUUGUUUUGUUUCCUUGUGUACUCCAGCAUUGGUUAUAGUCAUGGGAAAGGAAGGUGUCCACGGAGGCACACUUAACAAGAAAGCAUAUGAACUCGCUUUAUACCUGAGGAGGUCUGAUGUGUAAAGCAGCCUCUCCCCAUCUACCUAGCAACUGUCUUCAUCACCGCCCCAAUUCUGGCCACAGUGCUACCAGAUAGAGAUGGUAGAUCAUCUUUCUUUACCUAUUUUCUAAUGUCACCGCUCCCGUUCUGUGUGCCCAAAUGGACCAUUUGUAUGUCAAUCACUGUAUGUAACCAACCCUUAUCUGGCAACAUAAUUGCAGCACAAUAAUGAUUUGCAUGAUUACCUUGAAAUUUGGGGGGGGAGGGGGCAUGCCAAGUUGGGCAUCACUUUGUCUUAGCAAUUAACGGGAUAUUGAUUACUAAAAUAAGUUCAUCUUAAGCAAGGUGCCGGUUGUACAAUCUCUAAUUUGAUCAGUGUCUUUGCAGCACUUAGCUCCCUGUCUUCCUUUGGUAGCACCUGGUGGGAGGAAAUCCGUGCAUGCAUCUUUCCUUCACUUCUCUCCUCCCGCCCUCCUCAGCGCAGAAGCUGUGCCCUUUGCUUCCAUCUUCCUCAUGCAGCGCCUGGUUUAUUAGCCAGUUCAUUUCCCUCCUGUUGAGCUAUUGAGAACGGCAGCAGUUUGCUUCUAGUAUUGUCGUUGCACUUGAGACAAACUUUCUCAGAGUCUGGCGGAGUGAGUGCAACCACAAAACCAGAGCAAAAGGCACCCGCCCCCUCACCCCCUACCCCUGACAGUGACGCAGACCACCGAUCUAAGUCCCGGGGACAUUCCAUCGUCGCAAUAGCUCUUUUUAUUUAUUUUUUUUUUUUGUUCCUGUCCUUUCCUUUGCAAACCAGCUCUGUUCUUUAGUCAAAUUGUAAAAGGCUGCCAUUAUGGAUAUUAGGUAUCCCAACAUAACCAUCUGGAGUGUGUCCAAUUUGUUCUUCAUAGGACCAAUUUUUAUUUGCAGCUUGAGUUUUUAUAUGAAGUUGCAUUAUUGUGGACUUGGCUGUCUUGUGAUCUUUUUCUCCAUAUGUAUUCGGUGCCAUAAUAUUGUUGAAAUGAACUGUUGCUAUUGUGAGAAGGAUUUUAACUGACCUAUUCAAGGUUUCUGUCAAAUGGCACUUCUUUAGAGACAUUCUAGUAUUUGCUUCUAUUGUUUGGGCCUUGUGGAUAAUGUACAGAUUUAAAAACAAAUCUUGUUGCUGAUUUGUCCAUUUCUUUCCCUGCACUUUGUUACAUCUGGGAUACAGUCUAACUCAUCUGAUUUAAUAUGCAUUUAAAAAAAUGCCAUAACUAUUAAACACCUUGUUUACAGACAGAUGAAAUAAAUUUAUUCCAACCAAA